UCUUCCGGCUGACAACUAGAUAAGGCAGGAAGGUUCCGUUUCGUUUCACACCGACAUGGACGCCGAGCCCUGCAGAACCGGACCAGUGUGGGUUUCCGAGGCUCUGCGAGUACUGGGUAAAGCGCUGGAGGGCUCCUGUGCGCCCUCUACUGUUUGGUUCAAAGAAAGCAGCCAGAAGAACCUGAGGAGCAGAGACUUCUUGGUACCCAGUGGAGCGCUACGGAAAAGCUUCCCGGAUGGAGAGGUUCCAGCAGACCUCAUACAGAAGCUGAUGUCCCUGGUCACCCCGGGCCUUCCCCCAGUGAAGAAAUGUCUGCAAGCUGAAGCCGGACUUGUCAUUCAGCUGGACAGACCUGAAGUGUUUUAUCGAGUGCUGAAAGACUUUACUCCAUAUAUGAAGCCUCUUCCCACCGCAGAUGACGGACAGGACAUUGUCAUCCUGAACUGCGCUCCGCUGCAAAGCUGUAAGAGCCUGGACACGCUGAGACUCAGUCACUUGAGGGCUGUGCUGUUAGCCGAUCAUCUUGCUGAAGUUCUCACAUUGAAGGGAAAACAAGUAUAUCUGGUUCCCGCGUUGCUCUGUAAGGAGGUGGAGGAAUUCUUGAGUCAUUUGGGGAUCUCUUGGUCUUGCUUAGUUGACACACCAUCUCUAGAAGAGACUGUUUCAAGUUUUAAGGACUUCCUAAGAGACUGUAUUCCAAACAGCACAGAUGUGGACUCCACACAGUCACCGGGUGUGAUUGGUGUACAACUGAAAACUUUAGCAGAGAAGCACAACUUAUGCCUGCAAGGAUAUGACCCAAAUGUAGACUUCUUCCCUGUAAAUGAAGAUGAUCUAAGACACAUCGCAAGGCUGCAGAAAUCAGUCCAGGAAACAGUGAAGACAUCCUCCUGUACUGUGUUACACAUAGUCAGCUGUGAGGAACAGUUUCAUCAGCAGAAGCUGGACCUGCUUUGGAAGCUGAUGGUCCCUAGCAUCAGAGAUGUCACUCAGAAGCAUCUAAUAAGUGGACCAGUAAAGGUUCUUAACUCUACAUUGCCCACCUCUUGCCUUCAGUACUUUCAGCUCCGGAAAUCUCAGAUGCUUGAAGCCUCAGUGAUGAAAUACGGGGAAAGCGUUCAAGGUGAGAGCUGGGAUCAAAUAAUUGACUCUUUAACAUCAGCCGCUAUCAAGUUUGAGUUAAUGGCAAUUCCCCAUCGCUCCCAGGUGAAUCUGAACUUGGAAGAGGUCAACAUCACAACUAAGGGAACGAAAAGUGGAGCAUUUGUGAUGUAUAACUGUGCUCGGCUGGCCACCAUGUUUGACAGUUAUAACAAUGCUGUCAGUCAAGGUAGCUAUCCAGAGUUCCCGCCAGCUGAAAAUCUCAACUAUUCCAGUUUACGCGAAGAGGGAGAAUGGCUUCUUCUCUUUAAUUAUAUCAUGAUGUUCCCAGAGGUGCUCAGCCAGUCAGCACAGAUGUCAGCGACCUCUCCUGGGAUCCGGGUCACAGCCAACACAGAGGCAGUAUGUAAAUUCCUUGUCAGUCUCAGUAUGGACUUCAGCUGUUACUACAACAGAGUGCAUAUUCUUGGGGAGCCGUUGCCCCAUCUCUUCAGUCAGAUGUUUGCUCGCUUGCAGCUAAUGAAAGCUGUUCAGAGCAUUCUGCAUUCUGCAUUGAAGAUGCUGCACAUUUUGCCACUGACUCAGAUAUAAAACAGUCCCUGUGACAUUGGGACUGAUGACACUAUAUGAACUGUGAGUGGUCACAGCAUCAUCCUGUGCAUAGACAUGUGGACUGAGGUAUAAAGAAGAACCAAGUGAUACAGUCUUUGGAGAAGUGGGUAUAACUGCCAUACGGAAAUUGGAUGGGGAGGUGACACCAUAUCAUCUGUGCCAUUUCCCUACUGUGCAAUCUUGUUGUUAACCUCUUGAAGAUAAGCAGCAUCUGAUCAAUAUGGCAUACCCUUAUCUUACUCUCCCAUUGACCUAGGGUGUUCCAAACAGCUAAUUCUAUGAACCCCUUAAAGGGAAUUUGUAUUUUCUAUAUCAUAUUUAAAAAAAUCAUGUUUUUAACUUUGCAAAGAGACAUGGAAGAUUUAUCAAAUCUCGUGGAAAUUAACAGUGGAGCAGUUGCCCAUAGCAACCAAUCCAAUUCCAACUUUUAUUUUUCAGAGGCCUUUUUAAAAACAAAAAGAAGCAUUUUGAUUGGUUUCCAUGAGCAACUUCUCCACUGUUCCUUUGCACAAGGUUUGAUAAAUCUCCCUCAGUUUUUAUUCCUUUUAUUUCUAUAUACAGUACAGACCAGUUUGGACACACCUUCUCAUUCAGAGUUUUCUUUAUUUUCAUGACUAUGAAAAUUGUAGAUU